AUGUACCAGUCCUCGCUUGAGCUGUUGGUGAACGCACACGCCCCAGCUAUGAUGUUUCAACAGCUGUUAAGCACUAACUUGCUGUGCUUCUCUGCCGCAGUCGCACAAGAAGUAUCUUCAGCAGACCAGCUACCCUUUCCCAUCAGUAAAGACACGAUCGAAGGUGAUCCAAACUACAUAGCACCGGUCUAUCCCAUCCUGCCAUUCAACCAGUACGCAAAUAACCCAAUCUUGUCGCCGAAUCCUGCGAACGACUGGGAGUCUGCCUUCCUGUACAACCCCACAACCAUUGUCCUUAACGAGACGAUCUUCUUGCUGUAUCGCGCUCAAAAUGCAUCGAAGACGAGCAGUGUUGGACUGGCUUGGAGCACUGAUGGCUACAGCUUUACGAGGCUGAACCAGCCUGUCUUGUACGCCACUGAACCGUGGGAAGCAGGAGGCGGCACAGAAGAUCCGAGGAUCACGAGAGUCAAUGGGACUUUCUACUUGACGUAUACUGGCUACAACUUGACCAGUCCACAGCUCUGCCUCGCCACAUCAACAGACCUCCUCACCUGGGCAAAGUACCCACCGCUCUUCCCCAACUGGCAAGACGUCGCAUACAGCGACAUCGACAUCCCCGAACCGCGCUUCAACCACUCCAAAUCCGCCGCCAUCACCAACGAGAAAUCCACAGACGGCUUGUACCACAUGUACUGGGGCGACAGCUUCUUCUACCACGCCACGUCCCCCGACAUGCUCAACUGGACCACCCUUCCAGCAUCUCAGUACUUCGCUGCCCCUCUCUUAUCCUGGGAGAACCGCCUUAUCGAGCCCGGCCCGGCGCCUAUCAAGACGCGCGAUGGGAGGUGGAUCUUGGUGUAUAAUGGUGCUACGAGUGGGAGGGUCGGGUAUCCACCAGCGCAGUAUGGGGUGGGACAGAUGUUGAUUGAUCCGAGUGGGGCGUUUAGACCGACGGUGAAUACGAGUAUUGUUAGUCCGGUUACCGGGGGGACGUAUCAGCCUGCGAUUGCUGAUGGGCCUGUGGCGAGGAUUGAGAGGCCGAUGGUGUUUCCUAGUACGCCGGAGGAGACGGAGGGGCAGGUUAAUCGGGUUACGUUUGCUGAGGGCCUUGUGCAGUCUAAGGGGAAGUGGUUCUUGUAUUUUGGACAGGCGGAUAGUACGUUGGGUGUGGCGACUGCGGAGGUGCAGCCUUGUGAUCUGGAUUGUGGAGCGUAUUGA